UCUCUCUCUCUCUCUAAAUCGAAAGUUCUCUUCUUCGCUCUCGUUUGUUUCUUGUUGCGCUCCCCCAAAAUCGAUCCUCUUUAUCAUCUUAUCGGAAUUCCAUAUAAUUCUACUGCCGAAGCUUCUCUUGCUGCGAAGAUGCCGGCGUGGUGGAAGGGGAAGUUGAAAUCAAAGUCGAAGUCCACUGCCAGCCCUCGGACAAAGGACCCGGAGACGCCGGGGACGCCGCGGGCGGCGGCGACGGUACUUCCGGAUGAGGAGCUGGUGGCGGUGGCCAGGCAUGGAACCAAGGAGAAAGCUAACAGCUUUGACGAGGUUCUUGGUUCUAGGAAGAGCGGAGACCUUUCUCCCGUUGGCGGCGGAGGAGGAUUAGGAGCUGGGACGGGCUUUGUGUUCGGUCACCCGCUCCCGCUUCCGACCUCGAUCUCGUCGUAUGGCGUGUCUACGGUGUCGGCGUCUAGCGUCAGCUCCUCCAGCUCGUCGGAGGAGACGCCGGAUCUUGGGCUGUAUAGGUAUUCGGAUCCGAUCAACACGCCCAGGGGCAGAAAUGGAGUACGUGAUUCGCAAAGGCACGGGCAUGCGGCUGAAGAUAGGCAACUCUUCUCAUGCAGCCCAGUUUUGGAGCAGUCUCAUGGUGGAAAUGCAUACUCUCGUGGCCAAAAUUCCACAGAAACCAUUUACAGUAGAAGGACUGCAAGUCCUUCCCCUGGCUUGACAGGGCAUCAUCCUUUUCCUACAUCACCUGUACACCACAGUUCAUUUGGUUUAUGCUCAGCAUCCCCUAACCGCCGGCAGGAUAAUCUGAGGAGCUCACCUCAGCCACUGCCUCUUCCUCCAAGUUCUCCCACCUGCUCUUCUGCUUCUCCUUCGUCUUGUUCGUCUUCUUCUUCACGUUCUCCCAAGUCACUGUGGAAGAAGGGCAAAUUACUGGGCAGGGGAACCUUUGGUCACGUUUAUCUUGGAUUCAACAGUGGAAGUGGGCAGAUGUGUGCGAUUAAAGAGGUUAAGGACAUUUCGGAUGAUGCAAAUUCUAAAGAAUGUCUCAAGCAGCUCAACCAGGAAAUAGUCUUGCUUAGUCAGCUCUCACAUCCAAACAUUGUGCAGUACUAUGGCAGCGAACUGGUAAAUUUAAGUCUAGCUGAAGACACACUCUCAGUUUAUCUUGAGUAUGUCUCUGGGGGUUCUAUUCACAAGUUACUUCAGGAAUAUGGUCCUUUUGGGGAAUCUUUAACUCGUAACUACACCGCUCAAAUCCUUUCUGGACUUGCUUAUUUACAUGGGAGAAAAACUGUGCACAGGGAUAUUAAAGGCGCAAACAUACUGGUAGAUCCCAAUGGUGAAAUCAAACUGGCUGAUUUUGGCAUGGCUAAACAUAUAUCUGCUUACACUUCAAUACGGUCUUUUAAAGGAAGCCCUUACUGGAUGGCUCCUGAGGUUAUCAUGAAUUGCAGUGGUUAUGACCUCUCAGUAGAUAUAUGGAGCCUGGGGUGUACAAUUAUUGAGAUGACAACUUCAAAACCUCCCUGGAGCCAGUUUGAAGGGGUUGCUGCAAUAUUUAAAAUUGGCAAUAGUAAAGAUGUACCAGAACUCCCAGACCAUUUUUCUCCUGUUGGAAAGGACUUUUUAAAGCUAUGUUUGCAGCGUGACCCAUCAGCUCGUCCCUCAGCAGCUCAACUGAUGGAUCACCCUUUUGUUCGAGAUCAAACAAUAAUCAAGGCUGCAAAAUUGAAUAUGAUGAAGGAUGUGCCACAAUCUACCUCUGAUGCAAGUCAUGCAGUGAGCACUGUGGAGUUUUCUUCCAACCAGAGUACUUCACCACUUCAUGAUAGAGAUUGCGGAACAAGACGAGCAUCUGGUUUACGCUCGGCAUUUCCUCUGGCAUGCAAGAACCCAAGUGAUUUGCCGAGGAUGAGAAUGAACAUGUCCCUACCUGUGUCCCCCUGUUCGAGUCCAUUAAGGCAAUUCAAACAGUCUAAUAGAAGUUGCUUACCUUCUCCUCCACAUCCAACUUAUUCAUCUGGAGCAGCUAACCACAGCCCAGUCAACUUAGCACUCCAUUCAACCAGACCAUGCAGCAACCGACCAGAUCCUUGGUUUGACAUCACACUAUUCAAGCCCCAAUCACAGUAUGAUUCUCCUCGAAGAUUGAGCAUGGGUUUGUGAAAUAAGGGCCAUUGCUUGUGGAAUGGUUGGAACAUGAUUUAUUUUUCCUAAUGUUCUUGGUUCUGUUCAUAAAGAUGUAGCAGCCAAAGACAGUCAGAUUCCACAUUGUAUAGAGUAGAUUUGCGUUCAUAGCAUGUAAUACAUAGCAGAGUGUUCUUGGAGUAAAAACAAUGGAAAAAAGGGAAAUACAAACAAGAUUUCAUUCUACUUCA